AUAGGCCCAAACAAUCACAUCCCUGACAGAACGCACCCGCAGUACGUUCAGAUUGUUGUGAAGAGAAAAUGCUGUAUCGGUUCGUGUUGACAGUUGCGGACAGUUGUUGGCAUGAUCUAGGUCAUCCGAGAUAAUGUACACGGGAGAUACCGAUAUUGACGAGAUGAGUCUGGAAGAUACCUCGGAGACGACGAACUUAGUCGGACGUCUUCGUCCCGAAAUGGACCCAUCAGAGGCAAAACACGAAAACGGCCUUUCGAUCGGCACUAAACAGCCGAAAACAACACUGUUCAUAUGGGUUCUGGCAUUUUUCUCAGCCAUCGGUGGAUUUCUGUUCGGUUAUGACACUGGUGUUGUGUCGGGAGCAAUGCUAUUAGUUAAAAAUGACUUUUCAUUGACAUCUGUCGGAGAAGAAGUUGUCGUGAGUGUGACGAUAGGAUCCGCUUUUGUUGCAGCGCUGUGUGGUGGAGUUCUCAAUGAUAGAUUUGGGAGAAAGUCAACAACUAUUUUAGCAAGCUUGGUUUUUACUAUAGGAGGUGUGAUACUUGGAGCCGCACAAAACCUGGCCAUGUUAGUGACUGGCAGACUCAUCCUCGGGAUUGGCAUUGGACUAGCAUCAAUGACAGUGCCGAUGUACAUCGCUGAGUGUUCACCUUCACAUCUACGAGGUCGCAUGGUGACCCUCAACGUUCUCUUCAUCACGGGAGGGCAGUUUGUGGCCAGUGUGAUGGACGGUGCCUUCAGCUAUGUGGAGAAGGGUGGCUGGAGAUACAUGUUUGGUCUAGCAGCACUGCCAUCUUUAAUUCAACUGAUCGGCUUCUUGUUCCUCCCGGAGUCCCCCCGAUGGCUGAUGAAGAAGGGGUACGAGGAGAAGGCGUACGCUGUGCUGGCCGACAUACGAGGCACAGAGGAUGUGGAGGAGGAGAUCCAGGUUCUGAGGCGGGUUUGUGAAGAGGAUGAAGAACUCAGGCGGCAACAAGGUGACAGAUCGACCAUCAUCCGUCUGCUGACUACUCCGUCCACUCGCCGAGCUGUCAUUGUGGGAUGUGGUCUGCAGCUCUUUCAACAACUCACAGGAAUCAACACCAUCAUGUAUUACAGUGCAUCUGUGAUCAAAAUGUCCGGGAUUUCAGACCAGCACGAGGCAAUAUGGCUGUCAGCUGCAACAUCUUCAUGUAACUUCAUCUUCACCAUCAUUGGAGUUUGGCUGGUGGAGAGGAUUGGCCGGAAGAAACUCCUGCUGGGAAGCCUGAUAGGUGUGAUCCUAAGUCUAGCAUUCCUUGCCAUUGGAUUCCAGUUGGCGGCCUUUAACUCGCCGCGUGUGACCUUCACUGAAAGGGGGGAUAACUCAUCAUGUUCUUCCUUCAGGUGGUGUGAGGCUUGUAUUGAGGACAUGAGUUGUGGCUACUGCUACAGCUAUGGCAACAACAACACCAUCGAAGGGUCAUGUGUGCCAACCUUCAGCAGCUCGGAUACAUCACAUGCUGCCUUAGGUCCCUGUAAUGAGACAGAUGCCCAGGGCCAUAUAUGGGCAGACAACUUCUGUCCCACGUCCUAUGCAUGGAUGUCAACGCUUGGGUUAGGCUUGUAUCUCAUGUUCUUUGCUCCAGGUAUGGGUCCUAUGCCAUGGACCAUCAACUCUGAGAUUUACCCGCUCUGGGCGCGAAGCACGGGCAACUCUUUGUCAGCAGCCACCAACUGGAUUUGUAAUCUGCUUGUGUCCAUGACCUUUCUUACCAUGACUGAGACGCUGACCAAAUAUGGAACAUAUUGGCUGUUUAUGGGGGUUGCAGUAUUGGCACUCAUCUUCUUCAUCAUCUUCCUGCCGGAGACUAAAGGAAAGAGUCUGGAGGAUGUGGAGAAGCUGUUUUCAAAGCCAUGGUGUUCCUGUGGGACUGAACACAGCCAUACCAUCAACUCAAACAGCAGGACAGAUCUGGACACAUUCUAGUGACAGAACAAAUGGUAGACUUGUGGUCAGUGUGUUUGCUUGUCCAGAAGAGGAUCCCAGUUUGGGUGCUCGCUUUGGUUCAAUGUGAACACUGUCGGUGUCCCCCUGCCAACAGACUUUGCAAUUGCAGCAUUACACCCAUCUCACUUUCUCAACGACAUCUGAUCCUUUGUGUUUAAAAUAUGAUAUUAGUCUGUCAUACACACCCUGAAACAAAUAUAUUCAAUACAGCCCAUGCAAGUCUAGAAUAUUUGGCAAGUCUAGAUUACUGCAGUAUCACACUGAUACUCUCAUAUUUAUUAUAUUUUGUUAAGAAAACGUAACAACUGUUUUUUUCUGUAAAAAAUUCCAUUUCAGAGACUAGAUGUUAAACAUACUUGGAGGAUGAACAAACUUUAACCUGUAGCAUUAUUUCAGCUCCAUGUAGAUAUGGCAGUCUGUAAACGCUGUGAGAUUGUGUGAAUAUGUGUUGCAGAAUGUGUGAUAUAUUAAUCUAUGGGACCUGUUUGUGGUUAUAUAGAUGUGGAAUUAUUGAAAUAAUUAAGCAGAUGUGAUUUCCAUUUUGGACCAGUGUCAGUGUUACAGUAUUUGCCAUGAACCUGUCAAUACUUGCCACAAACAUACAUGGCAAUAACCCUAUUUACCCCAUGCUACAAUAUUUACAAAAGUAAAUCCUGUUCUGAUUG